AAUUGUUUUUGUUCUGGCAACACUGAUUACAUAUAUGCAAAAGAGCACCAUCGCCACCACUACCACGCAUCCCUAACCUACCUACAGAAGAGGCAGAAAGCUUGUAAGAAAAGUGAAGUAUAUAUUAUUAUGUCUUCGAGAAAGAUAUAUGAUGUUACACCCGAACAACGGGAGGUUUUGUUGUGGAAAGAUGCAAAGCGGAAACAAUUACGUGAAAUGUAUCUCAAAGAUGCAGGACAUCCGACCAAGAGUCUUCUUUUUGAUACUGGAAUAUAUAGAUAUGCAGCAGCAAAAGCAACAGUAGAAUUGAAUUUUGUACCCACAGUUGUAAACUAUAUUACAAGAAUGGGAUUUGUUUUUGGACUUAUUGGCCUUCUUUAUUGGAAUAUAAAAACAACCAAAGCUAAAGAAGAGCAUUUAUAUCGCACUGGACAAAUUAGUUAUGCAGAUAGACAUGGCAAAUUCUGUUAAAACAGUCCUUAAAUGUACACAAGUGAGAAAAAAGAAGAACAAGUUAGGUUGAUAUAUUUGAUAGUAAUUGAUAUAUCUAAUUAAGCUUCUUUGAGUAAGCUUCACAAUAAAAUAAAUUAUUAACAAUCAA